GUAAUUUUUGCUGUGCCUGCCAGUGUUCAAACGUAGCCGAGAGAACGGAUUUUCAAAAUGUUUAAACUAAUGCGGCAACGUUGCGCACGAGAUGAGUUGAAAUAGAAAAACAAAUAAUUAAUUGAACAAUCAGCAGCAACAACAAAAAGCGCAACAGCAAUACUUAAAUUUUGGCAGCAACAUUAUUAGCUACAAAUCAUGUUAAUACGCUGGAAAAGCAAAGAUAAAAGCUCUAGCGCUAAUCAAAGCGCUGGCGGCGGCAGCGGCGGUGGCAGCAGCGCUUCAUCCAAAAAGAAACGCAAAGGACGCGAUGGCGCAGCAGCAGAUGAAGACUGGCAGAAUGAAAAUAAAUCCAAUCGCAUGCCCAACGCUGAGCAAAGCGAUGAACGCGCCAGACGCGCGCUGCGUCGUGAUGAUCCACGUCGGCAUACGCUUGGUGGCGAUAUUUUAGUCUACGGCGGACAACAUCCGCACUCACAUGCGCAUCAAAUGGCAUCGCAGCAGCAGCGUGCGCUGGACUUGGAGAUGAGCACACGCGCCAUGAAGAACAAAAAGAAUCAGCCCAUGCGUGGCUAUGCGCCUGUUAAUCAGGGACCGCUGUUCGAUGACGAUCCGGGCAUUAUGUCUGAGGUGGAAACAGCCAGCACUGGCUUUCGACGCGGCGGCAAGCAGCGUUCCUCGUUGCCUGUGGUACGCACGCCAUCGAAAACGCUGGAGCGUCCGCUGGGCUUGGUGUUCCUGCAGUAUCGCUCGGAAACGAAGCGCGCCUUGCUGCCCAAUGAAAUCACAUCGAUUGAUACAGUGCGUGCGCUAUUUGUGCGCUCGUUUCCACGUCAGCUAACCAUGUCCUAUUUGGAGGGACCCAAUGUCAAGAUCUAUAUACACGAUGCCAGCAAGGAUAUGUUCUAUGAGCUGGAGGAUGUGCGUUCGCAUUUGCGUGAAAUACGCGAUCGCUCGGUGCUGCGCCUAUUCGAGUCCACUGAGGUUGCGGCACCGCCGCAAAUACUGCCCGGCGGUCCGGGCAUACCGCAGCCGCUGCCGCAGACCACUGCCAACUGGGAUCAGGAUCAAAGCUACUUCAGCGAGCCCGAAUUCGAUUCGGACUUUAAGCAUCAGCACAUACACAAGUCGAAGAUUGGCAAACAAUCAGCGCCGUAUUAUGUGGGCUCAUCACAGACCUUGCCACGUGGCAUGUACGCCUCGGAUCGCAACAAGAUAACCAUAGAUGGUUACACCAGCUCCCCGGAGCGCGCCUCGCGUGGCAACUACGAGGAGCCCUACUACAGUCAAUACGGCACACGCAACGCUGUUGUUGCCCCCAUCAUAGACGAAGAACAAAGCGAUGGUGGCAUGGCCGAAGAUCAAUACGCACUGUAUGGCAUUAAAGUUGGACCCAAUCGCUUGACGCAUCGUGGCAAUCAAAUCUAUGACCCUACCAGACCCGAAGAUCUACAUCGCAUACGUGUUGAGCAUAUGGAGCGUCAGCUGGCGAACUUAACUGGGCUGGUGCAGAAGGCGCUGGUUAAUCAAAAUCCACAAAUUGCGCCGCUCGCAGUGCCCACAUUGGAUUCAAAUUAUCUUGUGGUGCCAACACAAAUGCAAUCCAAUGGCUCAGCUGAUGAGCUGUACGUGCGUGAGAAGGCACCAAAGCUGGGCAAGAACUCGUGUCAGAAAUCCGUAUCGUUUGAAAAGUCUGUUUCAUUCAGCGAUGACAUACAGGGCAUACCCAAGUCCCAUAUACCACUACAUGCCGCUGACACCAAACCCACAAAGCCAGCCAUCAAAUCCUCCACUCUGCCUCGCACUUCAUCACAAGAGCGCGAUCGUCUGAAGCCGCCGCCACCACCAAAGCCCAUUGUGCUGGCCCAAACAGCGCAUACAACUUAUCGAGCGGACAUUGCACUGGCGCCCGAGGUGUACAAUCAUUUGCGUGGCCUGCAGAAGAAGGCCAAGGACUUGCGCAUGGAGGUGCGCACCUUGAGACGCUUGUCCCAAGCUCAGUCCGUAGCUGUGCGCGAGGAUAUCAAAAGCACAUUCAUGCGCAUACGUGCAACUUUGUUGGCCAGCAGCGGCAGCUUCUGGGGCCAGAACGAUCAGGACACAACGCGCAUUUCACGCGAGGAGGAGCUGUACAAGCAAGAGGUUAUACGGCUGGAGAAGGAUCUGAGCGAUUUGGAGGGUGCUGUGGAGAAUUUGCGUGGCGAGGUGAUCAAUCGACGCACGCGUGUAAAUAUGACAGCAGUGGAGGACAUGGCGCUGGUGCUAAGCCGCGCAAGCAAAACUGUUGCGGAACUGAAGCUUAAGUUUCCGGGCUUAUCGAAUGGCUUGCGCUGCAUUUUGUCUGAUGAAAUGGAGAAAGUUGUGCGUGAAGAAAAGUUCCUAAAAGAAGAGCCCGAUCGUCUAGAGUCAGCAUUGCGACGUUGCAAAAAGUUAACAGGCACAUUGGUAACACUUAAACGCUUGGCCAGCGUGCAAGAGCAGCGCUUGCCACCCAAUGAGCCACAACUAAUGAGCGAAGAGGCUUUGCGUGCUGCAGAUAUUUCGGUGCCCGAUAAGCCAAUCCCAACACCCAGGAUGGGGUCGUUCACUAUCAGCGGGGGACUCGCACCCGAAAACGCACUCGAUGCUCUGCUAGAUGAGCUCAAGACCUUCUCCAAGCCAAUUGCUCAACAACAACAGCAACAACAACAACAACAGCAGCAGCAGCAACAACAAUUAUAUGAGGAUACCGCAUCCGAUGAGAGCGCACAGGCUGCUGUACAGAGCACAGUGACGACGCAAAUAUCUCAGGCCAGACUCUUGACGGAAACCAACAUCAAUAUGCAACAGGCAACGGCAAGCAGCAACAGCAGCAGCAACAAUUUGAUCAUGUCCGUGGCUAUGGGCACGCGGCCAACGCAGCAGCAAUCGCCACAACAACUGAUGGUCCACACCAAUAUGGGCAGCCUGCGUCGCCUACACUCCUAUCCCAGUGAGUCCGAGUCGGAGCUGCCACCGCCCACAGGGCCGCGUCCCGAUAGCCUAGCAAAUGGUUUGAACAACAACAGCAACAGCAACACAAAUGGCAACAGCAACAGCAGCAGCAGCAACAUUAAGCCACCAAUACCCGAGCGUAAUGCUGAUUUAUUAACCAAAGUGGGACAGAAGCGCAUACCGCCACCACCGCCGCCGCGCACAAGCUCACGCAGUCCACUGGCCAGUCCGACAAGCCCAAAUGUGCCACAGAGCAUCGCUGCAGCCGCCGCCGCCGCCGCCGCUCUAGAAGGCGGCAGCGAUGCCAACUCGCUGAUGUUUGCAGCCGAAACAUCCAGCGGUGACAACUCGAGCAGCAAUGAGUCCGGCAACGAUCAGGUGCAGCGACAAGUGGCGCUCGAGAUGCGUCACCAGGAGCUGCUGAAGAAGCAAAAGCUGCUGCAGGAGCAAUAUCAACGCUUGCAGCAAAUGAGCAAAUUGCCCUCAGUGGAUAUAGCGACAUAUCCCAAUCAGGAACAAGCGCCGGCAACAGCAACCGGAACAACGAGCAUACAACAAAAGAUAGCCGCAUUGAAUUUGGCAUGUGAGUCGUCUGGUGGUGGCGCCGCCAACGCCAUGACAACUGACGCUACUACGGCUACCAAUGGUGGCGGUGUGUUGGUCAGUGAUGCUACGGGCGGUGUGGUCGGCGGUGGUGGUGGUGUUGGAUUUGCUGGUGGUGCAACAGCUGCUGCUGCUGCUGCUGCUACUAAAAACUCAACAACAAUGACCACUAAGCAGGUAUACGAGACCGAAAUACUUUAACACAGCUAAAGCUAAAUUCCAUACAAGACGCACUUAGCACACACACACACACACACACACACACAUGGUUAAGAGUUGAAAGCAAACUAUAUUUCCAUAUAAACUUCAAUGUAUACGGCACAAUUGAAACGAACAACUUUCGUCUCUAUCACAAGCAUGCAUUAUGCUAUCUCUCUCUCACACACAAUACACUCACUCACUCUCUCUUUCUCUGCUAUGUUUGUGUUUGUGUGUGCGCGCUCUCUUUCUGUUUUUACAUUCCUUGACUUCAUUAAGUAAUUAAACAAUAUAAACUAAACUGCAUGUUCAUUAACAAAAAACGCGCGUCUAAGCAAAUAUAUUACAUGUCAAAUCUAAUUGUCGUACACACACACACACACAUACACGCAAGCUUUUGAUAGGUGUUCUAAGCUGUUUUGUUAUCUCAAUUUAUAAAAAAAAAAAACUUAAUGUGUAAAAGCAUGGCUAGAAUGUAACAACAAAUACAAACAAAUUAUAACAAAUGCAUGGCAACAACGCAAAUAAUCUUAUAAACAAAUGAAACUUAAUCAACAUUUAACAUAAGUGUAUAUGUAAAACACACACACUCACAUACAAAAAUUAAUAAUUGAACAUCAAACCCGCAAACAAGCAAACUCAAUUAUAUACUUGAGUGGCAUAUGAACAACUUUUUAAACUAUAUACAAUCCCAAACAUAUUAUAUGUCAGUAUGUUUUUUAUUAAGUAUUUAUUAUUAUUUAGUUGAUGUAGGACGUGAGACUGAUAGUUCUAUAUACUCGAAUAUAGCUCAUGAGAAACAAAUACCGAAUCCAUUUUUGCACCACAAAAUGCAUUAUAUAUUAUUGUUAACAUAUUAAAAAACAACAACUAUUUCGCUAAUUUUAUCACAAAAACCUUAAAGUAACUCACUUAAAAUCAAAGACAAAAUCAAAUCAAAUUUCGACUCUGUCAAAUAAUCAGCGCUAGGCUUGAUAAUUCACGAUGGGCGCUAAAUAUAAAAUAAGUUCUCACUCACCUGGC